CACAUGUGCUUUUAUUUGCUGGGCAGGGAAAUUGUCAGUGCGAGAGUGUCUUUCCUCACAAACCCCGCUCGCGAAAAUGGGUGCUUCUAAUUCCGCAACGCGCUCCUAUUCCGUGGAGCCUGAUGACCCCAAAACAGAUGCUGCGAUGGACGUUGUGGGAGUGACGGAGGAAGUGAUGAAGCGACUCAUGGGAUAUGAACAGAAUAUUCCACGACCGCCACCACCGCAAGUUGCUCCACCGAUAUCCCAACCAAUUAUUCCACCAGCGGCAUCUCCGCCCCCAGUUCCUUCUCCUAGUCACGAUCGAGCUCUCGAGGAACAACUGCGAAAGCUACAGGACACCAUCGUGCGCUCAGAGGCGGAUUUCUUGCGCACUUUCGAUAGUGUUCGUCAUCAAAUGGACUCAGAAGAGGCAGCCCCAAGGCGCUCGGACAAGUGCUCGCACCUGAUGGAUAGUGUCGUCACGUGCUACCGUGAUAAUAAAGACAACCCCCUUAAGUGCCGCAGUCACGUAGUUGCAUUCAGGGAGUGUGUCUUGGACUCCUUUACGUCUGCCCAAAAGGCCAAAUAGGCUGAUCUUUCGAGAGGCUUGUAAAUAGAUCGUUUUGUUGAUAAAUUAAAUAAUGAAAUUAUUUCAUUAAAGGUUGAUCUUUUUCUGGAAGGAA